UUGUCACGCCCUGUGCGUGUUUGCGGUUCACCUGUGAAAUGGUUCUGAGUGAAAGAGGAAAGGUGCAUUAUCAAACACAGAACAAAUGUCUGGAGCGGAUAUGCUGGCUGCAAGCAGAGUCGUCCACGGCAACACCGCCUGGUUCUGGAGUUGCUGACGGAGCAGAGAAGUAGUAACGACUCCUACUACAGGGAUGCUGUGCUGUCCUUGUCCUCCCCAGACGGCCUGGCUAAGGGUGAUCACAUGACAUCUGCUGGUCGUCGCACACCACAGUCCUGCAGGGCUGCUCACGGUGGUGCUGCACGGGCCCCUGCUGUCGCUCCAUCAUGCCCAUCAUCUUGCCACAGUGGGGCUCCUGAGGGCCACGUCUGCUGAUGUGCAGAACAUUCACUGUGAGAAUGCAUGGUGCUUUGGCUCACUGGCUGGUGACAAUUAGCAUGUCGGCCUCCCUUUUAGUUUGCCCCGAAUAAUACUCCAACCACAAGAAAGCACAGUGGACUUUACUGGCAGAGCCAUAAUACUCUAACCACAUGAAAGCACAGUAGACUUUACUGGCAGAGCCAUAAUACUCUAACCACAUGAAAGCGCAGUACACUUUACUGGCAGAGCGAUAAUACUCUAACCACAUGAAAGCGCAGUACACUUUACUGGCAGAGCAAUAAUACUCCAACCACAUGAAAGCGCAGUACACUUUACUAGCAGAGCGAUAAUACUCUAACCACAUAAAAAGAAGUACGCUUUACUGGCAGAGUGAAAAUACUCUAACCACAUGAAAGCACAGUACACUUUACUAGCAGAGUGAUAAUACUCUAACCACAUGAAAGCGCAGUACACUUUACUGGCAGAGCGAUAAUACUCCAACCACAUGAAAGCGCAGUACACUUUACUAGCAGAGCGAUAAUACUCUUACCACAUGAAAGCACAGUACACUUUACUAACAAAGCGAUAAUACUCUAACCACAUGAAAGCACAGUAAACUUUACUUGCAGAGCGAUAAUACUCUAACCACAUAAAAAGAAGUACGCUUUACUGGCAGAGUGAAAAUACUCUAACCACAUGAAAGCACAGUACACUUUACUAGCAAAGCGAUAAUACUCUAACCACAUGAAAGCACAGUAAACUUUACUUGCAGAGCGAUAAUACUCUAAUCACAUGAAAAAGAAGUACACUUUACUGGCAGAGUGAAAAUACUCUAACCACAUGAAAGCGCAGUACACUUUACUAGCAGAGCGAUAAUACUCUAACCACAUAAAAGCGCAGUACACUUUACUAGCAGAGUGAUAAUACUCUAACCACAUAAAAGCGCAGUACACUUUACUAGCAGAGUGAUAAUACUCUAACCACAUGAAACCACGGUAUUCUGUACUGGGCAGAGCGAUAAUUCUCCAAGCAAAUUAAAGCACUGUACAUUACUGAAGUGAUAAUUCCCCAGUCUCAGUAUACUUUACUUUACGUUGCUGCAGAUUUGUUGGCUGCACAUCCAUGAUGCGAAUCUCCCGUUCCACCACAUCCUAAAGGCGCUCUAUUGGAUUGAGAUCUAGUGACUGUGGAGGCCAUUUGAGUACAGUGGACUCAUUGUCAUGUUCAAGAAACCAGUCUGAGAUGAUUCGAGCUUUAUAACAUGGUGCAUUAUCCUGCUGGAAGUAGCCAUCAGAAUGUGGUCAUAUAGGGAUGGACAUCGUCAGCAACAAUACUCAGGUAGACUGUGGCAUUGCAACGAUGAUCAAUUAGUACUAAGGGGCCCAAAGUGUGCCAAGAAAAUGUCCCCCACACUAUUACACCACCCCCACCAGCCUGAACUGUUGAUACAAGGCAGGAUGGAUCCAUGCUUUCAUGUUGUUGACGCCAAAUUCUGUCCCUAUCAUCCGAAUGUCGCAGCAGAAACCGAAACUCAUCUGACCAGGCAACAUUUUUCCAAUCUUCUAUUGUCCAAUUUCGGUGAGCCUGUGCGAAUUGUAGCCUCAGUUUCCUGUUCAUUGCUGACAGGAGUGGCACCCAGUGUGGUCUUCUGCUGCUGUAGCCCAUCUGCCUCAAGGUUCGACGAGUUGUGCAUUCAGAGAUGCUCUUCUGCAUACCUUGGUUGUAACGAGUGGUUAUUUGAGUUACUGUUGCCUUUCUAUCAGCUCGAACCACUCUGGCCAUUCUCCUCUGACCUCUGGCACCAACAAGGCAUUUUCGCCCACAGAACUGCCGCUCACUGGAUGUUUUCCCUUUUUCGGACCAUUCCCUGUAUACCCUAGAGAUGGUUGUGCGUGACAAUCCCAGAAGAUCAGCAGUUUCUGCAAUACUCAGACUAGGCACCAACAACCAUGCCACGUUCAAAGUCACUUAAAUCACCUUUCUUCCCCAUUCUGAAGCUCGGUUUGAACUGCAGCGGUUCGUCUUGACCAAGUCAACAUGCCUAAAUGCAUUGAGUUGCCACCAUGUGAUUGGCUGAUCAGUAAUUUGCGUCAACGAGCAGUUGGACAGGCGUGCCUAAUAAAGUGGCCGGCGAGUGUAUUUAUACUUUAUUUAGCCAUAUUUUCUGUUUCAGACAUUUCUUCCAUUUAUUUCAUGUCAAGUUCCUAGUUAUAUGCCUACUUUGAUGUUUUGUGCAUGCCUUCCUUUUGCGCCGUCUAAUCCUGUUAUAUGUUACAUGCCACUGACUGGAUGGCAUGAGUGAGAAUUCCUAUGCAGUGAUGUACAAAAAAGGUGAAGAACGAAUCGUGACUCUUACCUACAUAUGAGAUCUGCUCAAUUACAGCUCAGUUGGAUCUGCUCUGCUCCUGUCGGUUCACAGAGCACAUGACCGACGUUCUCGUACCGAGGCAGCCUGGGCUUCCAGGAGCCGUGAAUACGACAGAUGUAAAUAAUUUCUGGGGCAUCUGUGACAAAAUCCUACAUCGUAACACAUCAGCGCUGAAGGACUGUGUGUGAAUAUAGUUGAGCAAUUUCUGUUGUUUGGUUGCACUGGCUGGUUUUGUCUUCACAUGUUAGUAUGGUGUAAAUAAAUAAGCGAAUGGCCAUGAGGUCAGCCUAACCGCGAUUCUCUAUUCCGGAAUUAUCAACAUAAUCACUACUUCUGCUCACAGUGUCUCCAUCGUCAUCGUUUAUUGUCAGAAUUCUGUGUGACUCAUGAUUCAUUGUUUAUGGAGAAAAAAAACACACAUAUAUCAAGCAUAAUGCAUUUGUCUCUGUGUCACUGCAAAUAAUGGCAGAUGAUGCCGUGCUUCUCCUGAAAUGCUUUGCGGAACAAAGAAGCCCUGCAUCGUUACCCACCUGCCCUCAGUUUGAGCCCGAAUGCACUGGUUCUCCAGCCAAGCAACGUGCGAUUAAGUAACAGCACUUUUAGAUACCAGACGUGAGAACCCCGAGAUGGUAGCAAGUUCUUCAAAUCUUGCUGCAGCUGUAAUAAUUUACCCAGAAGUCUGUUCUGGAGGCGCGCUGGCUGGGGGGCUAUGAAAGGCCUCAGAGUGGCAUUUCACAUGGGCACUGCGAGAGAGACCAGUGACAGCAAACUGGAGGCUUUUCAAAGGGGCGCUGGCUGAUGACAAACGCCAUCAAGAACGAAUAAUUAAGUCGCAUCACUAGCUUCCGACAAGACUUUCUAUAGUCAGACUCGGUAGCAUCUUCCUGCUUUUUAAUGCAUUCUGUCCACCAACACGUGACAAAUAUGUCACUAGGAAUUGGUGAAUGAAUCCGUUCUGGCCUCAGUUCAAUAUCAAAGAAUAGUGAAGGCGGAAGGAUGGUGCUGAGUAGGCAGUGCUCCGGUCCUUCCACUCUCACGAUUGGGUUUCAGUCCCCUUUCUGUUGGGGGGGGGGGGGCUUUCAUAUUCAACCUACAUUGGUUGACUUCCUUCUGGUUACUUUGGAGUCCUGCCACAGUCCAAAGACAAUGGUCUUUAUGAACUGCUUGUGGUGUAUCAAUGAGCAUUUCAUAUUUUAUUUACUUAACAGGGGCAGUGCUCAUUGGUCAACAAUAAAAAAACGAAUUAGCACUAUAGGCUAAUUUUCAUCUGUCGUCCCUGGUCAGCUCUUACCCUGUACUUCCAGGGUGUCCCCCAUUCACUGUGCCCUGUGCUGCCUGGGAAUGGCUCCAUCCCCCCUCUGACCCCCACCAGGAUAACUAGGCUGAAGAUUGAUGGAAGACCCUGAAGAAGAGGCCCGGAAGGAAUGGAGGAAAUCGCACGUCAGAGGAGUUACAGCUGUGACAUCUGAGGACAAGGCGAACCCUGGAAUGAUGCAUUUGCUUCUCCACCAACUGCACGUCAGCUGGCCAAGGCAAACCAUGGGUGCAUUCUAAGGACCAGACCGGCGACGGCGAUAGACUGAAACCUGUCGGGAUUCUUUAGCUUCUCGCUAAACUUGGAUGAGCGAUAAAUUCUGGAUUUUUAAGGAGGGAAAAUAAAAACAGCCGGACUCGUCUUCCAGCCUUUUUCAUUUUUACAUCGGUUGGCACCCUCAAAUGGAGAGGUUAAGGAGAGAAUCAGGGUAGAACGAUAAAGACAGAGAAGGCUGUUUAGUUCACAGGUAGUUUAAUUGGAUUUUGCGAGGUUAGUCCCCCAGCGUUAUUCCAACCGAGCUCAUACUUAUGAGGUCAGACUUCAGAGCCAGCUAGUCGGAAUACGAGUCUGCUUCUAUCGCUGCUACUGGAUUAAAAGUUAAAGGACAGAGUGGAAAUAGGACAGGAUCGGAAGAUGAGCAGAAAAAGUCACUGCGGAGGCCGGCCACUGCUCGCCUUUUCGCUGGUUGGGCUAUUGGCGUCAGUAAUGGCUUUGGAGUUUGGGGGGGCGCCUGGUCAGUGGGCUCGGUAUGGGCGAUGGGAAGCGGGCUCCGGGGGCGAGCUCAGCUUCAGCCUGAAGACGAACGUCAGCAGGGCGCUGGUUCUCUACCUGGACGACGGCGGCAACUGUGACUUCCUGGAGCUCCUGAUCGUCGACGGGAGGCUCCAGCUUCGCUUCACCAUCCACUGCGCCGAUCCGGCGAACCUCCACACGGAGACGCCGGUGAGUGACGAGCGCUGGCACAUGGUGCUGCUCACGCGCAACUACCGCGAGACCAUGCUGGUGGUGGACAGCGAGGCCAAGGUGGCCGAGGUCAAGUCCAAGCGCCGCGAGAUGGCCGUGGUCAGUGACCUCUUCGUGGGCGGCAUCCCCCCCGACGUGCGCCUCUCCGCCCUCACCUCCAGCACCGUCAAGUACGAGCCCCCCUUCCAGGGCCUGAUCGCCAACCUGAAGCUGGGCGAGACCCCGCCCACCCUCCUCAACAGCCAGGGCAUUCAGAGUGAUCUGGAGUAUCUGUGCACCAAGCAGAACCCGUGUCUCAAUGGGGGCCUGUGCUCGAUCCAGCAAGGAGAAGUGCACUGCGACUGCACGCUCACCCACUACAAGGGGAAGUACUGCAGCGAAGCCGAGGAGUACGCCGUGGAAGGUCUGGCGCACCUGAUGUUAAACAACCAAGGAGAUUCAUCACAAUCCGGGAAGGAGGAAUCGGUGGCCACCUUCAAAGGCAACGAGUUUUUCUGCUACGACCUGUCGCUGACGCCCAUCCAGAGCAGCACGGACGAGAUCACGCUGUCCUUCCGCACGCUGCAGCGCAACGGGCUCAUGCUGCACACGGGCAAGUCGGCCGACUACGUCAACCUGUCGCUGAAGAACGGCGCCGUCUGGCUCGUCAUCAACCUGGGCUCGGGCGCCUUCGAGGCGCUGGUGGAGCCCGUCAACGGCAAGUUCAACGACAACGGCUGGCAUGAUGUCCGCGUCACUCGCAACCUGCGCCAGCACGCAGGCAUCGGACACGCUAUGGUGACUAUAUCGGUGGACGGGAUUCUCACCACCACGGGCUACACCCAGGAGGACUACACCAUGCUCGGGUCCGAUGAUUUCUUCUACAUCGGGGGGAGCCCCAACACGGCGGACCUGCCUGGGUCGCCUGUCAGCAACAACUUCAUGGGCUGCUUAAAAGAUGUGGUGUACAAGAACAACGACUUCAAGCUGGAACUGUCCCGCCUGGCCAUCGAGCGCGACCCCAAGAUCAGUCUGCACGGCGACCUGGUCUUCCGCUGCGAGGACGUGGCCGCCCUGGACCCCGUCACCUUCGAGACCCCAGAGUCCUACAUCGCCCUGCCCAGGUGGAACACCAAAAAGACGGGCUCCAUCUCCUUCGACUUCCGCACCACGGAGCCCAACGGCCUGCUGCUCUUCAGCCACGGCCGGCCCAAGGAGCAGCGCGCCGACCGGCACCCCAAAGUGGACUACUUCGCCAUCGAGCUCCUGGACGGAUUCCUCUACCUGCUCAUGGACAUGGGCUCUGGCAGCGUCAAGAUGAAGGCCAGCAACAAGAAGGUCAAUGACGGCGAUUGGUGUCACGUCGACUUCCAGAGGGAGGGCCGCAAAGGUUCCAUAUCGGUAAACAGCCGCAGCACGCCGUUCUUCUCCAACGAGGGCAGCGAGAUCCUGGACCUGGACAGCGACAUGUUCCUGGGGGGUCUGCCGGAGAUGCGCUCAGACCUGAUCCUGCCCCCUGGGGUGUGGACGGCCCUGCUCAACUACGGCUACGUGGGCUGCGUGCGCGACCUCUUCAUCGACGGCAAGAGCCGCGACGUGCGCCGUCUGGCGGAGAUGCAAAGCGUCCCCGGCGUCAGCAGCUUCUGCACCCGCGAGUUCCAGCGCAAGUGCGCCGGCGCGCCCUGCACCAACACUGGCCAGUGCCGCGAGGGCUGGAACCGCUACAUCUGCGACUGCACCGGCACUGGCUUCCUGGGCUACAACUGCCAGACAGAGGCCACGGUGCUGAGCUACGAUGGCAGCAUGUACCUGAAGAUCAUGAUGCCGAGCGGCGUUCACACAGAGGCGGAGGACGUGGCCUUGAGGUUCAUGUCCCAGAGAGCAUAUGGGCUGCUGAUGGCCACCACCUCCAAGGAGUCUGCCGACACCCUGCGACUGGAGCUCGACGGCGGCAGGGUCAAGCUCACCGUCAACCUAGAUUGUAUCAGGAUAGACUGUAACCUCAGCAAGGGACCGGAGACGCUGUUCGCAGGACAGAAGCUCAACGAUAACGAGUGGCACUCGGUGAAGGUGGUGCGCCGCGGCAAGAGCCUGCAGCUCUCAGUGGACAACGUCACCGUGGAGGGCCAAAUGACCGGUGCGCACACGCAGCUGGAGUUCCACAACAUCGAGACGGGCAUCAUGACGGAACGCCGUUUUAUCUCUGUGGUGCCGUCCAACUUCAUCGGACACCUCCAGGGGCUCUCCUUCAACGGGGUGCCCUACCUGGACCAGUGCAAGAACGGGGACAUCUCCUACUGCGAGCUGAAUGCCCGCUUCGGCAUGCGCCACAUCAUCGCCGACCCCGUCACCUUCCGGAACAAGGCCAGCUACCUGGCGCUGGCCACCUUGCAGGCCUACGCCUCCAUGCACCUCUUCUUCCAGUUUAAGACCACGACCUCCGACGGCCUGCUGCUCUUCAACAGCGGAGACGGAAGCGACUUCAUCGUGGUGGAGCUGGUCAAGGGGUAUAUCCACUAUGUCUUUGACCUGGGCAAUGGACCUUCCCUCAUGAAGGGCAACUCAGAAAAACAGCUUAACGACAACCAGUGGCACAGCGUGGUGGUUUCCCGGGACGCCAACAACGUGCACACCCUCAAGAUCGACUCCCGCACCGUGACGCAGCACUCCAACGGAGCACGCAACCUGGACCUCAAAGGAGAGCUGUACAUCGGGGGUGUCGCCAGAAGCAUGUACAACAGCCUGCCCAAGCUUAUUGCGUCCCGGGACGGGUACCAGGGCUGCCUGGCCUCCGUGGACCUCAAUGGGAGACUGCCGGACCUGAUAGCAGAUGCCCUCCACAGGGUGGGGCAGGUGGAGCGGGGCUGCGACGGACCCAGUACCACCUGUACGGAGGACUCCUGUUACAAUCAGGGCGUGUGUCUGCAGCAAUGGGAGGGCUUCUCCUGCGACUGUACCAUGACGUCCUACGGGGGCUCGUUCUGCAGCGACCCUGGGACCACGUACAUUUUCGGGCGAGGAGGAGCCCUCAUCACCUACACCUGGCCUCCCAACGACCGGCCGAGCACACGGGCAGACCGGCUGGCGCUGGGCUUCAGCACGCAGCUGAAGGAGGCCGUCCUGGUGCGGGUGGAGAGUGCCUCAGGACUGGGAGAUUACCUGGAACUGCACAUAGAGCGAGGAAAGAUCGGCGUGAUCUUCAACGUGGGCACGGACGACAUCACCAUCGACGAGCACGCCGUCACGGUGAGCGACGGCAAGUACCAUGUGGUACGCUUCACCCGCAGCGGCGGCAACGCCACGCUCCAGGUGGACAACCAGCCCGUCAUCGAGCGCUACCCGUCAGGGAGACAGUUGACCAUCUUCAACAGCCAGGCAUCGAUCAAGAUCGGGGGCAAAGACCGUGGGCGGCCGUUCCAGGGCCAGAUCUCGGGGCUCUACUAUAACGGCCUGCAGGUUCUGAAGCUGGCGGCCGAGGCGGACCCCAAUGUGCAGUCCGAGGGGAACCUGAGACUGGUGGGGGACGUGCCGUCUGUCCUGACCACGGAGACCACCUCCGCAACACCCCUGGCCGACAUGUCCACCACCAUCAUGGAGACCACCACCACCAUGGCCACUACUACCACCCGCAAGCAGCGCUCACCGACGAUGAGGGAUAGCGUCACACAGAACACGGAUGACAUCCUCGUGGCCUCAGCAGAGUGCCCCAGCGAUGACGAGGACCUCGAGGAAUGUGAGCCGGGCACUGGAGGGGAAUUAGUCUUGCCAAUAAUUACGGUGGAUUCCCUAGACCCCCCGUCUAUCGCCACCCGUUACCCAGUCAUCCCCCCGCCCCCCACCUACCGCCCCUUUGUCACCCUGAUCGACACCACCAAAGAGUCCCUGACGCUGGCCAAGCCCGCCCCCCCCUGCCCCCUGGACCAGGAGGACUGCGAGGACCCCAUUGAGGUGUCGGCCUACGGUUCGGGGGAGAUGACCGAGUCCGAUGACGAGGACUAUUAUAAGAACUCCCCCCUCGUCACCGACAGGACGGUCCUUCCGCCCCCGCCGGCGGCAGAGGGCGGGGUCCAGAACCCCCGCGACCGCCACUUCAAAACCCCCAACUCCCACCGCCCCCCGCCCCCCUCCAGCCCCACCGCCAACCCCGACCACCUGCCCCGCCACAAGCCAGCUGCCAGCGGGGGGCACAUCCCCGCUGGCAAAAUGAACACCCGCGACCAGGUCCUUCUACCCCCUGCCCCCCCUUCCUACAACCCCGACCAUGGCGGGCGACAUCGGCACCCCCCGGGAAUAACUCACCCCCCCAAUUUCCGCCAUGUACCCACAGCCAACCCCACCGCCUCUGGAGAGAGGGGUCCGCCUGGCGCAGUGGAAGUGAUCCGGGAGUCCAGCAGCACCACAGGCAUGGUGGUGGGCAUCGUGGCCGCCGCCGCGCUCUGCAUCCUCAUCCUGCUCUACGCCAUGUACAAAUACCGCAACCGCGACGAGGGCUCCUACCAGGUGGACCAGAGCCGCAACUACAUCAGCAACUCGGCCACGCAGAGCAACGGAGCCGUGGUCAAGGAGAAGCAGCCCGGAGCCGCCAAGACCGUCACCAAGAACAAGAAGAACAAGGACAAGGAGUACUACGUGUGAGAGCGGCCCCAGGGAGGGAGAGACGGAGAGAGGGAGGAGGAGAGGAACAUGAAAGAGCGUGGACCCAGCUUCAGACAGCAUCAAUUCCCACCUCACCCUCCUUCAGCAUUUCCACACAACCAUCAGUCCAAACCCCAUGCUUUGGCGAAAAGCUCCUCUCAUCCUUUCUCUUCUCCCUGAGGUCAACGCUGCAGGGAAGAGAGAGAAGAGUCGACUCGGAAGGGUGAAGUCUAUUCUUUCCUUCAGACGGACAAAAAACCCAACUCGCUCUCAUCCACCGAUGCUGUUUCUUUCUUAGCUUUCUAACUGUGAUUUUAUUCUUUUAUUUUCACAUUACGGUUUGUGUUUUCCUUUCUCCGGCACAGUAACUCAGCUCAUCCCCUCUUGUAACGCACACGAGACCCAGGAUUCGUCCUCGUCUUCUGUAAAUAUCGUGCCGGUUGGCUUUUCCAAAGUAACGCCCAGGCUAGCGAGUAGGGAUUCGAACCUGGGACGAGCCAGGACUGGAGGAGAACCUUGUUACCACUUUGCGAGCCGCAGGAGACGGACGCCUGUGGAAUGAAACUCUGGAUCGCGAGUGUUCCAGAAGGCUCCGUCUCGAGACAGGCUUCGCCCAGGCAAACCCAGGCACGGCGAGAUCUCCCAGGUUACCCGAACGCUCGGAGACAAACCCAGACAGAUCCGAAAUCCGACAGCAUGGAGGACACCUUGUGCAGGACGCGUUCCGACAUUCCAGACCCCUCCCCCGACCCCUGUCCAACCUUGGAUUGCCUUCCUCCUCGUCUCUCACGGUCCCCCUCCCUCCGCCUCUCUUCAUCCACGGUGCUAAGGUGCUAAUGCAACAUUAUUCAGCUGUCUUUUGAGCAUGUCGUAUUCACUAACUAAAAGCAAAAGGCUGUUUCAGUGCUAAAUGAAAAAAAAAAAAACGUGUUAAGUAACUAAACGUGGUGACGACAAAAUCGAGAAACUUCAUUCCUCCGCCAAACCCUGAGGCCAAAAAACCCCGGAUUAUUCUUCUGGGCCAAUUUGUCUAAGAUUUGCUGAGGCUCCAAUACUAUGAAGCUGCCACAAAGUCCUGGAGGGAACAGAUCCUGAAAUCCAGUUCUUCAAAGUCACAGAAGGAGAGAAAUUCUACAGCUGCAAAAAAAAUUAAAAAAAGACAAAAAAAAAAACUAACUUUGCUAUAUUCGCAUAUGUAUCAAGAAAACGGUGAACUUCACUGAAAGCUUAUCGGAAAUGGAAGUUAAAAAAUGGCAGGCCCUGAGCAUUCUGGGAAAUUAAACGGGAGGAAAAGACUCGAAAGACUCUCCACACAUGCAACAAAGGACCCGGCAGUCGUCUUUGUAAAUGCCUGUUGACUGAGCCUAGUGCACGGGAUGGAAAAGUGAGGAAUCUGCGAGGUGAAAAUGACUUGUGGAGAUGUGUCUCUGCUGGGAAGCCAUGCACGCGUAUGGAACGCUCGCAACCUCUUCUGUCUGCAGGGUCGAGACGAAGAACCACGAGAAGGAGCUGAAAACUUUUGCCGAAGGAAUAAUUACAUUUCCUUUGAGAUCAAACAAACGUCUAGUAUUCUAAUUUUCUUGAUUCCACAAAAAAAAAAAAACUGUUCCAUGAAAAGAAAAAAUAUUGAAAAAGUUUGUGAGAUGUCUAGAUAUUUGAACCAUUACUGAAAAUAAUGUGUUUUCCCUGUUAUUCUUGUUUAAGAAAACGAAAAAAGGAAAUCUGGAAAAUUUCGAUUUGUAUAUUUUUUUUUCUUAAUUAAACAGAAUGUGGUUUGGGUUGAAAGGUUAUUUAAAACGGGGUUUCUCCAUGACAGCGUGAGGAAAAAAAAAAAACAUUGAAAGAGUUAAACACCUUAAAAUACCAUCUCGGUCAUUUUUGUGCCACAUUAAUGUACAUUACAUUUUCAUAGGGACAUUACUGAUUGUACGUAAAAUGACUCACCCAAGAAGGCAGGGACGGUAUCGUUUCAGUUCAGUAUGUUUUUACCAUUUCGUUUGUACAUGAACGAACGAGCACAGCUCCACAUCCAGAGGGUAGCAGCAGUCAUUCACAUUAUUAAAUGAUGUUCCGUACAUUUUUAAUUGAUUUAAUUUAUUUUUAUAUAUUUUGACAGACUGUGUAAACAUAGGCUGCUCUCCGUAUACCCCUGUUCUUACUAAAUGUUAUUGUAAAGUGUUACAGUGAGAUUAAUCUAAAUAUGUGUACAUUAUCAAAGGAAAAAUACAAUUGGUUAUAUACUUCUUA